AGUACAUGUCUCCCAUGAUGUAAAAAGCAUAUGCCUCACAACAUAAGAGUGUGAAAACUUGACCAUAAUCAGGAAGAACUUAAUUACUGAAUCCUUUAUUGAACAGAAGAAAAAAAACCAGAGUUAGAUUUCACAAUGAGUUCAGGAUUGGUACUCUGCUCACAUUUCUUUCAAACAGCCCUGCUGUAUUGCAUCAUCUUCAUCUUCAUCCCCUCUGCCCCGAAAUCAUUCGCUAGCAGCAACAGCACAGACUCUGCAGCUUUGCUCGCCUUCAAGUCGGAGAUUCAUGAUCCUCGUGGAGCCAUGAACUCCUGGAACGAAUCUAUCCAUUUCUGCCAGUGGGGUGGUGUAACUUGCGGUCGAAGGCAUAGAAGAGUGACCAAACUGGACUUAAACUCAAUGGGUUUGGAGGGGUCCUUGUCUCCUUCACUGGGCAACCUUAGCUUCCUCAGGGAAAUCAACCUCCAUAACAACACUCUCCGUGGUGAAAUUCCCAGCGAGUUGGGUAAUCUUUUAAGAUUACAAAUUCUACUUCUAAUGAAUAAUUCCUUGGUUGGAAAUAUCCCAGCAAAUCUCUCACGCUGCACCAACAUUAGGUUUCUACACCUAGGACAUAACAACCUGGUUGGAAACAUUCCCUUUGAGAUUCGAUUCAUGACCAAACUCGAAGUUUUAGCAUUGCAUGAAAACCAUCUGGUGGGAGGCAUCCCGUCGUUUCUUGGAAACUUUACUUCGCUUCGAAAGUUAUCUUUGGCACAUAACUUGCUUGGAGGAACUAUUCCUGAUGAAUUGGGUGGGUUGAAGAGCUUGACAGCACUGGGACUAGGCGAUAACAACUUGUCUGGUAUCAUUCCUCCAUCCAUAUACAACCUUUCCUCCAUUAUUAUCUUUUCUGUGUCUCAGAAUAGUCUUCAUGGCAGUCUUCCACAAAACUUGGGGCUUUUCUUUCCUUAUCUCCAACUCUUUGAAAUCUCUUCAAACUUGUUUAGUGGGUCAAUUCCAGUGUCACUAUCCAAUGCUUCAAACCUUCAAAUUCUAGAGAUUUUCAGAAACAGUUUGUCUGGAAAAGUUUUCGUUGAUUUUGGAGGCAUGCUUCAACUUGGGGACUUGAAUAUGGGGAAUAAUUUGUUAGGUAGUGGGGAACCUGAUGAACUGAGCUUUCUGACUUCUUUGGUCAAUUGUAGCAAUUUGCAGCACCUAGAUUUUGGCCACAAUAAAUUCAUGGGGGCUCUCCCUAGUUCCAUUGCCAAUUUAUCCACUAAACUUGGUUUUCUGAAUAUGCUUAGUAAUCAGUUGUAUGGGGAUAUUCCUUCAGGGAUAGGAAACCUUGCCAACUUAUACUUGUUGGACAUAGGAUAUAACCAGUUCACAGGUGCAAUCCCAGCAGAACUCGGCAAGCUUCAUAACCUACAGUAUAUGUCUAUUGCUCGCAACAAAGUCUCAGGCGACAUUCCUUCUUCGCUUGGAAAUAUAACUUCUUUGGCUGAGCUUUAUCUGAUGAAAAACAAACUGCAAAAAACUAUCCCACCUAGUUUAGGACAGUGCCAGAGAUUGAUGGCCUUGGAUCUUUCUCAAAAUGAACUUGUUGGAUCCAUACCGCAGCAAAUUUUUGGCACGUCCUCUCAGCCAGUUUUGCUGAACUUGAACCUGAGUGGCAACCAUUUGGCUGGAUCCAUGCCUCUCGAUUUUGGUAACCUUAAGAACAUUGUGAAACUUGAUGUGUCAUACAAUAGGCUCUCCGGUGAAAUUCCAAAAGGCUUGACUUCUUGCACUAGACUUCAAAUCUUACACAUGCAAGCUAACUCCCUUAAUGGGUCAAUUCCCCAAUCCAUAAGUUCUAUGAAAGAAUUGGAAUUCAUUGAUAUCUCACAUAAUAAGUUAUCUGGGCGAAUUCCUAACUCCUUGGAGACUCUUCAUUUGGCAUAUCUAAAUUUAUCCUUCAAUAAUUUUGAGGGUGAUGUACCAUCUAAAGGGGUGUUUGCAAAUGCCAGUGGUGUAUCAGUUGCUGGAAAUACAAUGCUUUGUGGGGGCAUUUCUGAACUAGGAUUGCCCAAAUGCUCGCAGCCAAAAAACAUGCAUCUUGUAGUUAAGAUUAUCAUCUCCCUUUCUUGUGCUUUUCUAGGAGCAGCACUUUUGACAUGUUCAAUUUUUUGGAUGGUCAAAAGGAGGAAUGUCCAAGAGUCUUCUACAACCGUGUUGAUGAAAGAACUAGCUCAAGUGUCUUACAAUGAUCUCCUUGAAGCAACUGAUGGAUUCUCUUCUACAAACUUGGUUGGUGAAGGUAACUUUGGUUCUGUAUACAAGGGGACCGUUGAUAAAUUAGGAGAAUUCGUUGCCAUCAAAGUCCUUAAGCUUCAAAACAAGAAAGCUGCCAAGAGUUUCUUGGCCGAGUGCAAAGCCUUGGCAUCUAUUCGCCAUAGGAACCUAGUCAAGGUCAUCACCUGUUGCUCCUCUGUUGACUUUCAAGGCAAUGAGUUUAAGGCUCUUGUUUAUCAGUUCAUGAUUAAUGGAAGCUUGGAUACCUGGCUGCACCAGGUGAAUGAUAGGCAAGUUGAAUCUCAAACACUUGGGCUUCUCCAGAGAAUCAACAUUGCUAUUGAUGUGGCUUGUGCAGUGGACUAUCUUCAUCACCAUAACCCAACCAAAAUAAUUCAUUGUGAUCUAAAACCCAGCAAUAUUCUUCUUGAUGCAGACAUGACUGCUCAUGUCAGUGAUUUCGGGCUUGUGAAGUUUCUCUCAGGGCUCUCAACCUCAAAUGAAAGCAGUUCUAUUGGGGUGAGAGGAACCGUUGGGUAUACAGCUCCAGAAUAUGGACUUGGAAGCCAGGUAUCAACAUACGGAGAUGUAUACAGUUAUGGGAUAUUGUUGUUGGAGAUGAUGACAGGAAAAAGGCCAACUGAAGCAAUUUUUGAGGAAGGACAAAAUCUCCAUAGUCAUGCCAGCUUGGCCUUACCUAAUCGUGUGGUGGCCAUUGUGGAUCCAGUUCUUCUAAAUGAUGGACCAGAAGAUAAUUCAGUAACCAACCAUUGGCAAGGAACGCAAAUCAGAGAUGAAGUCAGAAAUGCAUGUGUGGCAUCUCUGGUUCAAAUUGGGGUUGUGUGUUCAAUGGAGUCGCCACAAGAAAGGAUGGACAUAAAGGAUGUCAUUGUUGAGCUGCAAAAGAUAAAGAACAUGUUCAUCAGGAAUGGAAGAAGCAGAAGCUAAUUUGGAAGUACAAACGUAUGCAAUGAUCUACUGUUGUUCCUCCCAGUAUAAUAAUGUCCAGCUAAGUUCCCUGGUGUCCUUAGAUGAUGGACCCUAUGUCACUAUGUGUCUUUUUUGUUUUGGUUUUUGUUUUUGGACAUGAAACUGAAGAAGAUCUAUACCCUACUAAUAGGUGUACUUAAAAUUAUUUAUAGCUCUGGUUAUUGUGUAAUUUA